AACAAUCGAAACUGCCGCCUAUAAGUCUCGAUUCCUUUUGUUCAUUUAUCAACAUCUUUAAGACUGAAAUUUUGUUGAGACAAUCAAGUAUAAGGUUGUUAGGAUGGAAGGAGUGAACAUGAAAAAGAGCGAGGGCAAGAUUGUGGUAGCAGUGGAUGAGAGCGAGGAGAGCAUGUAUGCACUUUCCUGGUGUCUCACCAAUCUAUUUUCUCAAAGUAGCAAUAGUACUCUUGUCCUCCUCUACGUCAAACCUCCACCUCCUGUCUACUCCCCCUUCGAUGCUGCAGGGUAUAUGUUCACUAAUGACGCGGUAAAGACCAUGGAAAAAUACGGAAGUGAAAUGGUGAAUUCAGUGAUGCAACGAGCUGAAGCUGUGUAUAGCAACUUCGGAAGCAGUAUAAAUGUUCAUAGAGUAGUUGGAUGUGGAGAAGCCAAGGAUGUGAUAUGUGGUAUUGUGGAUAAACUUAGAGCUGACACCUUGAUCAUGGGAAGCCACGGUUAUGGUUUCAUCAAUAGGGCUCUUCUGGGAAGUGUGAGUGAUUAUUGUGCCAAGCAUGUCAAGUGUCCAGUGGUAAUCGUGAAGCAUGGGGAGGAGAUAUGAAAUUAGUUUUUAUUCCUUAAAUAUGAUGAAUGAUUCUAGCUUUCCACAAGCACAUGUAUAAAGUUAUAACAGAGUGUGGGUGAUCUGCAACUGCUUGAAUAGUUAUGAUACUUGCUUGUUCUUGUCUGAUUCCA